UGGCUGAGGUGGGUGUGUGGCUCAGCUGAUACACGCAUCUGACUAUCAUCAUCAUCAUCAUCAUCAUCUGAGAGCAGUUCCUGUAAAGAUAAACACCGCUCGGUGGUUUAAUGGACUCGCUGUGGACGCGUCGGUGAAUGAGCGCGACCGAUGUGACGCGCGUCGCUGUCCGCGGUGCUGAAACAUGUCUGUCAGGAGGUCCGGCAUCAGUAUCGGCCCAUGUGGAGGUUGAGUGACGGCCCGGUUCGCCCAGGAUGGGUAGUGUCGGCAGUGGGGUGGCGGGCGAGCAGGAGUUCGCCAUGAAGAGCGUGGGCACGCGCACCACCCUCCCUCGAGGCCCGGCUCUGACCCGGCGAGAUCACGUCAGAUCCAGCGCCGAGCGGCUCCACCCGCCUCCAUCCGAUCGGCUCCACCAGCCUCCGUCAUCCGAGGGCUCCAGUGACGAGUUCACUGCAGAUCGAGGACUGGGAAACAUCACCUCGUCCCGGCUGGAGAGGGGUCCGGGGAACGGGAGCGGGCCGGAGGGGAACGGGAAACACCGGACUGGAACCGGAGUGACUCUGGAUGCGUGUGGGAACGUCGUGGGUCACGGCGCGGAGAAGAGCCAUGAUGGAGUCGCUCCGGGGAAGAACAGAGACGGAAACAACAGCAAGAGGGACAGUCGAACGCCACCUAAGAUUCUCGCGGUCUCGGGGAAACUUGAGCAGAAUAGUUCUGCUCUGGUCCGACCCUCCGCCUUCAAACCCGUCGUCCCGAAGAGCUUCCACUCGAUGCAGAACCUGCUGGGCCAGUCUGGAGGAUCCGGUCGAUCCGACGCCCCUCAGUCCCUGUGCGAGCCGGACAGCCCAGACCGGGACCGGGACCCUUCCCACGGCACCGACGGCCCGGCCGGCAUGUCCGACUCUCUGACCAGCCUUCCCACAUACACCGGUCCCAGUCUGAGCUUCGGCCCGGCUCCGGCCCUCGGGCCCCUCAGCGCCUCCACCAGCCACAUCAACAGGCUGAGCAGCGCAUCGUCAUCGGCGCCGCGGGACAAACCGGACCGGCCCGACUAUCAGAACGGGCUGAGCGUGUCCGACAGCGGGCAGUCCUGCUCCGGGAAGAGCUGCUUAUCGUAUCAGAGACUCUGUCAUGUGACCGACACGACCGCCCAGGACACGCCCUCCACCGAUGACAUCAUCCAGGACCUGGAGGACCGGCUCUGGGAGAAGGAGCAGGAGGUGAUCCACAUGCGGCGUAACCUGGACCAGAGCGAGGCGGCCAUCGCGCAGGUGUUCGAGGAGAAGCAGCGAGUGUGUGAGCGCGAGAUGGAGGACCUGAGGCAGAACUACGCCGGGCGGCUCCAUCAGGUGACCCAUCGGGCCCAGCGCUCCCAGCAUGCACUGCAGGCCCACAUCGGGCGGCUCCAGCAGGACCAGCUGCGCCUGCAGGACGAGAUCAGCGCCUUGCUCGCCCACAGGGAGGAGCUGGAGAGAAAGUGCCUGGAUUACCGGAAAGAGCAGGCGGAUAUUCUGCCCCGCCUCGAGGAGACCAAGUGGGAGCUGUGUCAGAAAGUGGGCGAGAUCUCCCUGUUGAAGCAGCAGCUUCGGGAGAGUCAGAGCGAGGUCACGCAACGGGCCGGAGAGAUGGUGGCCCUCAGGGGUCAAAUGAAGGAGCUCAACGCCCAGCUGAAGGAGCGCGAGGACACCAUGAUCGGCCUGAAGGACUCGUACGCCAGCAAGAGCCGCGAGCUGGAGAGAUGCGAAGGAGAACUGAAGCGAACGCUGACUGAGGUGUCGAUGUUGCGUGACAAGCUGGUGGUGUUCGAAGCCGAGGUUCUGGGUCUCAAACGGGCCCUGAACGAGCUAAGCUGCAGGAGCGCGGUCAGUUUACCGUGGGCCGGGCUUCACUCGCCCCGGACGCCCGAACCCCUCAGCGCCACGGUGGACUCGUUCCUCAGCCUGCAGAGCGACGAGGCUAAAGCGCAGCGUCAGGAGGCGGAGCUACGCCGUCAGCUGGAGCGCCUGACGGGAGAACUGCACCUGGAGCGCCAGCAGCGCGAGAGGCAAGCGCUCACCUUCGCUCAGGAGAGACACACCUGGCAGGACGAGAAGGAGCGCGUGCUGAAGUACCAGGCCCAGCUGCAGAUCAGCUACGUGGAGACGCUGCAGAGGAACCAGGCGCUGGAGGAGCGGGUCGGGCAGCUCGGGUCCGAUUCCCUCUCGAUCCCCGUCCCGGUGACCGGCGCUCUCUCUCCCGGCGAUCCCAAGACACCGGCUCUGCAUCAGCUGGCGCCUCCGUGGCCCGGACCGUCCCGACUGGAGCGCAUCGAGUCCACAGAGAUCUAGACAUGAACUGAGACAAUCGACGUCUGUGCGAAAGAACGACAAAUGCAGUUAUGAAUCAAAAAAGAUGCACACAUUUUUCCAUCUCUUUACUGAAAGGGGGUCUAUAAACUGUUGGUCAA